GCGAUGAUCAUCAUCUCGCAGUAUUUUCUCAUCGAGCAGCCAUCGGAAGACCUGACCCAAUUUUUGGGUGCAGCCGCCUCCCUUGCGCCGUUUCCUUUCUACACGUCCCAGUACAGCCGAUACGCGAACAUGGUUCCCGUCAAUCUGCUGAUGUGCAACGAGGAGCAGCAGCAGUCACCAAGAGCCUUCAACAGAUUCGUCCCUCGAGUUCACGCGGAGGACUCCGGGAUGUGUGGCAUGGUCUACACAGACGACCAAUUGGUGCGCAGGUGCCGUGCAAUGCGCAGGAAUGUGGGAGUUCCAGAUCGGAGCUCCACCGUCAUAGAUCAUAUCAAUUGUCCGGCAUCGACUGCGUCUGUAGACGAGGAGCUGGCUCGGAAGAUCCAGAAGUACAGCAACCGGGCAAAUCAGCUACAGUGCCAAGAUUCCCGGGGUAUGUGGAACGAAGCGAUGAGCGACAUCCACAAGUGCGUGCUGAUCACCGUUGGCCACUGGCUGGGGUUUCGGCCAGGUCAGCUGGUGUUGGACUGGGGCUCGGGCUGUGGUCACAAGUUGUCUUGGGCAAAGAUGCUGUUCGAUGUGGACGGCUUAGGUGUGGAGAUCCAGGAGCCAGCGGCACGCUGGGCCCAGCUUUACUCGGCGGGGAAGUUCUGUCAGGGCGAUGGCCGAGAGCUGGGAUGGAUCCCAGAGGAUACCUUCGACUAUGUGAUCUCGUACGCCUCCAUCUAUCACCUCACAAAGUUGGACCAAUGUAAGGUUGGCAUCCAGCUGAUGCGUAAGCUGAAGAUUGGAGGUAAGGCCUUCCUGGGUUGGAACCACGGCCCCGUCAUGAACAACUGGGAGUGGUUGAAGUGCUUCCAGGAGAGCGAUGCUUUCGUGAAGGAACAUGACGGCAUUGGUGAGGGCGGCGUAGUUGUGGACUUCGACGCAGUGGAAGAUGGAUACCUCUUCCCGCCGGACGCUCGUGUUCUCAAGGAGAAGCGGUCCUUCCUGUACCAGUACCCGGCCUAUUCGAUCUUCCUGACGCGGAAAGCUUGA